UUUUUAAAAAAAAUUUACGGAAGCUGUGAUUUUCCUUUAUCAAACAUAAAACUUAAUAAUGCCUACCAAUCCAGACGAGCCCUACUACUGCUCGCAGCAAAUAAAUAUCCCACCAUCAUUACCGGAUAUUCUGAAACAAUUCACAAAAGCGGCAAUCCGCACUCAACCAAAAGAUGUCUUGGCAUGGUCUGCUGCCUAUUUUAAAGACAUGGCAAAAGGAGAGACACCCCCUGUGAAAGAGAGACUUGAAAUGCCUGUGGCCACACAGAAAACAGAUACAGGUCUUACCCCAGGUCUUUUGAGGGUGCUAAAUAAGCAGCUUGGUCCAAAGAAGACAGUAUCAUUAAGCUUAAUCGAGGAGAAGUGGGCAGAUUUAGCUCUCCCCAAAGAACAAUUUGACGACCUGGUCAGGAUAGGGAGUUUUGGGGGAGAGGUU